CCCCAACCGGCCGACCCUCGUCGCCGGUCCAUGUGACUGUUGUCGAUGUGUAACUAUGAAAUGCGGGUAAAUUAAUGCUACAGGUGUAGCACUUGGCUGUUUUAGCGUCUGGCCCGCUUCCCGUCUUGUCAGAUCGAGUUGUUACCGGCUGUCGUGUAGCAUGGCUGCCUGACAUCAGUAAUCAGCUGUGGCACUCUGCUUACAGCAAGAAUGAUCUGUGCCUCAGACAAACGGAAUCAUUCAUAAAGGGGAAAAGCUUGCAACGCCAUGGAAAGUCUACCACAACAUUUGCGCUUCAAGGAGCUGUGGGGUGGAAAGGAUGUUGAUAUUGAACCUGGACAGUGUUCCAAUCUCUUUGAUUCACCAUUUCCAUUUGGCAUUCCACCAGUCAUACCUGAUGUUGAGGAUCAGGCUAAUGAAAUUUUGGAUGAUAUUUGGGAAGGCUGUACCACACGUUGCCCACAUGGUUCUCAAAGGUGCUUUUUGUCCCCUCCAAACAUAAACUCUUUGUUUUCGUGUGAUGUUUCAAUGGCCCCAUCAGAGCUCAAGGUCCUAAGAAAUCUUACUACAGGAACACUUGAAGGAUAUGAAGAGGUGUUUACAGAAGAAGCUGCGCUGGAAGAUAAUGAACAAGUGAUAGAUCUUACCAAAGACUUGCUGACAGUUCCACCUGGAUUUGAAGAAGGCAUGACUUUUGGCAGUGAGCAACCCUCAAGUGAAGACAAGUUCUCUGUGCGCCAUGUACUCAAUUUGGCCGAUGUGCUGUCCUCUGGAGAGCCACAAGUCACGGAAGAGUCCAGCUUAGAAGUCAAGCAAAUAAGUGAUAGCCUGCUAAGCCAGACCCUGGAUGAUGCUGGACUGUUGGAGAACCUUCCAUUGGAGCCUGUGGCCAACGUUCUGAACAUCAGCAAUGUUACGAAUGACCGCAAUGUUUGUCUUGAGUGGGCUGAACAAGUGGACAUUUCCAAGCCCAUGUUGGAUUUCCAUGAAAAAGUGGCCGACCCUGCCUUCAGUUGGCCGUUUGAACUGGACACCUUUCAGAAGAAGGCCAUUGCACACUUAGAAAACAGGGAUUCUGUGUUUGUGGCUGCUCACACUUCUGCAGGCAAGACUGUAGUUGCAGAAUAUGCCAUUGCACUCUCUCGGCGUCACAUGACAAGGACAAUUUACACAUCACCUAUCAAGGCUUUGUCCAAUGAAAAGUACCGUGACUUCAAGGAAACCUUUACAGACAUUGGGCUUAUCACAGGCGAUGUACAGAUCAACAAGGAGGCAUCCUGUCUCAUCAUGACAACAGAAAUUCUCAGGUCUAUGCUUUACAACCAGUCAAAUGUGGUGGCUGAUCUGGAAUGGGUCAUAUUUGAUGAAUGCCACUACAUUAAUGAUCCUGAUCGUGGUGUUGUGUGGGAGGAAGUCCUCAUCAUGCUGCCAAGCCAUGUUGGACUUGUCCUGCUUAGUGCCACUGUACCAAACGCAUUGAGCCUUGCCAAUUGGAUCGGGCGUAUUAAGGAGCGCAAGCUGUACGUCAUUUGUACCACGAAACGUCCCGUGCCUCUGGAACAUCACCUGUAUUUCAAUCAGGAAACGUUUCUUAUUCUGGAUGCUACUAACAAGUUCCAGACUGCCAGCUACAUGAAGGCCUGUGCAAGACGGAAAGAAACCAUGAAGGCGACUCGAACAUAUGAUGACAAGACCCGGUACCAGGGUCUAAUUCAGCACCUUCGCAAGGCAGAUCGGCUACCAGCAAUUUGCUUCACUCUGUCACGUCGUCGCUGUGAUGAAAAUGCCCAGUUAUUGCAAGCACUUGACUUGACUACCGCCGAGGAGAAGGGGGCUGUACGGCGCUUCCUGCAGAACAACGUGGUGUCCCGAUUGAGCCGUGCUGACCAACGGCUACCACAGCUACGCUCAUUGCGAGGCCUCCUGGAGGCUGGUUUUGGAGUUCACCAUAGCGGUGUGCUGCCCAUUCUCAAGGAGGCCGUUGAGAUGCUCUUCCAGCGUGGCCUUGUGAAGGUGCUGUUUGCUACGGAGACAUUUGCUAUGGGUGUCAACAUGCCUGCUAGGACAGUUGUUUUUGACAGCAUCCGAAAGCACGAUGGCAUUAGCAACCGGGACCUGCUGCCUGCUGAAUACAUCCAAAUGGCUGGAAGGGCUGGUCGGCGUGGCAAGGAUGAGACAGGCACAGUAUUGUUAUUGUGCAAAGGAGAUGUCCCAGAGUCAUCACAGUUGCAAGCGAUGAUGCUUGGUCGACCAACAGAGUUGCAGUCACGGUUCCGUGUUACAUACUCCAUGAUCCUCAAUCUCAAGGCCCAGGCCAACAAGCGUGUCGAGGACAUGAUGAGGGACUCUUUUCGAGAGAACUCCAGCCAGAGUCAAAGCCCAAGCUUAGCUGAACGUUGUGCAUCCUUGGAGAAUGAGUUGAACUCACUGGCUCCUGUUGAGUGCACGUCGUGUCAAGAGCUGCCAUUUGAGCUUCUGGAAGAAGAAGCUGCUGCACGAGUUGCUGCCUGGGAGCAUGUGCUGACACAACCUCAAGCUGCUCGUUGCCUGUCACCGGGGCGCUUGCUACUCGUGUGCUGCCCGGAGGGACGCAACCUUCUUGGGACUCUGGCCUCCCUGGCGCCUCGGGAAAAGAGGCUCACACUAUGGACAUUGGCAGAUUCACAGCCCCAGUCAAGUGGCAAGACGUCACUUCCUUGGCCACUGUCCAAGAAGAUUGCUAUCCCGGAUGCAGCUCUCAGUGUACAGGAGAUGACAGUCCCGUUCAGCAGCAUCCUCUGCAUUUAUGCCAAAAGCGUCAAGGUUGACCCCAAACGCAUGAUGCAGCCUCAGUGCAGAAGCGUUUUAGGCCAGGAGCUGCUUGAACUGGUGGAGGCGCACCCUGGAGGUCUGCCAAUCAUCAAUGUAGUCAAAGAGCUUCGCCUUUCAGCUAUGGAAACUGUGGAACUGGUGAAACAUAGCCAGCAGCUUGAAGAGAAGCUGCUUCAGAGCCAGUGCCUUAGUUGCCCACUCUUUGAGAGCCAUUUCGAGCAGGAACGUCGGCGACGGCGACUAUCGGAGGAGGUGCGAAAGCUGCAGCACCAGCUAUCAGAGGAAAGCCUUGCUUCCAUGCCUGACUACCGAAGCCAUGUUCUGGCUCUGGAGAAGCUAGGCUAUGUGGAGCCAAGUGGUACACUCACACUCAAGGGCCGUGUGGCGCGUGCUCUCUCCAGCCAUGAAGUAAUGCUCACAGAGCUGCUGCUGCAGGAAUCACUGCUCACCCUCGGCGCACCUGAGGUGGCUGGCCUGUUCUCUUGCUUUGUCUAUGAGCAGCGCUCCAAUGCCGAGGUCGUCAUCCCACUCUCUAUGAAGGCAGCGGUGGAAAAAUUUGUGGAGGUUGCUCACAAGAUUGGUCGUGUACAGCGGGAGAGUGGCUUUGAUGAACCUGCGGAACAAUUUGUAGAGCAGUUCAGCUUUGGUCUCUGCAAUGUGGUUUACCACUGGGCUAGAGGCAUGCACUUUGCACACAUCAUGGAGCUGACAGAAGUUCAAGAAGGUAUUAUUGUGAGGUGCAUUCAACGCCUGGAUGAGCUUCUCAAGGAUGUCAAGACUGCUGCAGGUAUUGUUGGCAAUCCUGAACUUCGCACCAAGAUGGAGGAAGCAUCACGCUUGAUUCGGCGGGACAUUGUUUUUGCAGCCAGCCUCUACUUGCAGUGAGGUGGUCAUUGGUGCACAUGACAGCAAAGUGCUUGGUGUUACGGCCAUCAGUGCAGCAGAGGACAUGUGGCUGAUCAGCAUGAGGCAUCUGACCGAAGACCUACCAAUAUUUGCACUUCAGUAUCUGCAAUCAGUAAGCACAGAAGGGGGAGGAUUAAUUUGCAUUGUUGUGCAAUGUACAGUGUGCCUUUUGCCAAUUAUUCGACUCCUGCAUGAGUGAACCGUGCACAGCAGUGGCCUUUUUGGUUUUUUUUUUUUGCAUGUUUGUCUAUUUGGAUAUGCUCACGGCGCAUUUGCUGUACCAACCUGGACCAGAGUUUAGUUCUGCUAAGCCACACGGUGUUGCUGUUUAGGCUUAUGCUUAGGCUUAGUCGAUAAUUGGCUCUGAGGGCCAAUUAUUGGCUUCUGUGUAAGUGGACUGUGUACUGCCCGUGGCUUUUUUUUAAUUUUAAACUUAAUUUUCUUCAGCUGUGUCUAUUUGGGCAUGCACAUGGCACAUUUUCUGUACCAAGCUGGAUCACAGUUUAGCUCUACUAGCUGCAUGGUAUUGCUGCUUAGACUGGUAGAUUUUAAUGCUUUUCUUGGAAUAAUUUUAUUUGGAGUAUACUUGGAGAUGCUGAGUGUCAGUUAUUUACUUUAAGUUAUUUGCUUUUGUACAAGUGUGGCUUGUUGCUCAGAUCCAGGGGGUACUGGCUGUUUUUCUCCACUGCCCUUAAUUUUGUACAUCCCUACACUCUGUUGUCUUUAUACAAAAAACUGUGAUACCGCAAAAAGUAGCGCUUGAUUGGCUUAGCUAAGCAAGCUGUUCGGGCCUGGUUAAUGCCUCUUUUUUGUUUUUUAAUUUUAUGCCAAGAAUCUUGCCAUUAAUCAUUGAAGUGGCUCUAAGCCAGGUACAGUGAUUGGAAAGUGGAGGAUGUGCUCUGUAAAAUUUGGCAAAUAAGCUUGACAUGUGCCAAAAGCAGGCUGUGCUGUUCCUCAAGUUUCUUGCCGUUCCAUGUUUAGUGGUGUGCACCAAUAUUUUUCAUCCGUAUUCUUUAGUGGACUGGUGAUGAGAAGUGAUUGUAUAAUCCAACGGUGCCAUUGUAGCAUAUAUGGGCCUAAGUCGCUUUCUAAGCAUUUCAUAAGAAAAUUUUCACUUUGUGUAAGCUUUACAGGCACAUGCAGCAUUUCACUUGAUGCUCUUGCUAUCUAUAUAUUGUGGCAAUGCUCAAGGGAUUUCCUUGUUUGUUGAGUAAUUCACCUUGACAAAAAGGUACUGCUCAAGCAACACUUAUUUAUUGCUGCAUGUCUCUUAUGUGUACCUAGUAUUUAUAAUCAGUGUAAGCCAUGUUGUGCGUUUUGUUGACUGGCAAAUAAUUUUUAGCCUUUAGCAACCAUGCUUUUUGAGAGAAGCUUGGUGCAAGGGCAGCAUAAUUUGUUUACUAUUUGUUAAGGUCUUAUUAAGGCGGCAUAUCAAGAAGUGAUACUUUUAGCCAGAAUAUUCCUACGUGCAUUUUGUUUAGGCUGAAAUGAAAAACUGCUUGCGCUGAUGUCACUUGUUAGACUUUGAGUAAAUUCCAUCAUUCUGGUUUGGUGCAUGAUCAAAAUAUUUUGCUUGGAACUCUUGAUGCCUUUCAUUCAGUGGUGCUUCCAAUAGAACUAUACAGUAGAGCUGGUUAAAUGUGUGUAGCACUUGAUACCAGUGUGUAAAAUGUAAAAAGUAGAAGCAAGAAGGAAAGAAGAGAAAAUAAAUGGACUUUGCUUGCAUCCCUCCAGCUCUUUGAGCUCCUGUACUCGGCACACCACAUACUGCUUGCUUAUUGGUUGCUUAGUGUUAUUUUGAAUCACUGUCAGGGUGGAAUGAAUGUCAUUUGCCUGUAAGCCUAGACUAGGACUAUCUCUCCUUACAUGCACUUCAUAAGUUGUUAGCAGCAGCUGUUUUGUGCCCAAGCUACAGUUUCGAUGUAUGGCUAAUGUCAGGUAUACACAUUGUAUUCUGUGUAUACAAUGGACAACACAUUGGACAACACAACAAUUUGGACAACACAACGGAAUGCCGUGACACCAGAAGCAUUGUCAUUAUGAAAUGCACACAUUAAUUUAAUUGUUGCCAUUAAUUUGUCUAAUUUAUUCUAAUUGUCGUUAUCAUAUACUUAAUAUGAGAGAUUAUAUUGAGGAAAAGUAAUAAGUAAACAGGAAUAGGUGAACCUCAUCCAAAUGUUUUGGAAAGAAAUGUGAGAAAAGAAGUACUAACCGGGAAGUCGUGCAACCCGAAGUCACUAAAAAUUUAGCUGACUUAACUGUGGUUGACAUCUAGAUAAUGCGAAGCGUUAGUGAAUCAUUGCAGCACAAGACUCCAACAAGCACUGAGCUGGUGGGGCUUGAGCAACCCAAGAUGCACUUUGUCAUUUUCCUAUUGCAUAGUUUUCUAAGAUGGCAAUGGGAAACCAAAAUGAAAUUGAGCUGGUUGGCGACGCCAACAUAUAAUGCUGUCAGAGCAAAACAUGAUGCUCACAUUGCGCCGGCUACAGCAGGGUACGGCGGUGCGUUUGGGGUGUCACCUUUUAAAAGCAUGCAGUACACUUCCAAUGGCACUAUGCCACAUGCACUGUCAAACAGACAGAUCAAGAUGCUUAUUGCAAGAGAGUUUACGGCAAUAGCUGUGAAUGCGAUGUGCAACAACCAGUGAAAAGAUUUGCUGGUAUUGGAAGAGCAAACUGAGUGUGUGGCAGGUUUUUAAUGUGGUGCGGGCCGGUGAGUACUGCGGGGAAGCUGCUGUGGCGGGUGUCUACUGCUCUCAAUCGUGCAUGCCUCAUUCCUUUUCUUGUUCACAUGGGCUGUAGUGGCCGGAAAACUGUACGGAAUGUACAGAAUGUUGGUGCUGAAAGAUUGUGUUUUCUGGGAACGUACUAACUGGGAAAAAAAUGAAGCACAACUGUAUGGGGUAAUUUUUUGUGUUCUUGAUCGCAGACAUUGGCAUCGGGAAAUCAUACGAAAGGGAUAAUAUGAACGAGAUUCUGCUGUAAUUAGAGGGAGUUUGCAAGAAAGCGGCACGUACAGUAAGUUUGUCAUGAAAAAACAGGUGAUGGUGUUUGUGAGGAAUGUUGCCUUGUAUGAUGAAGUGCAUAGACAAAAAAAUAAGAAAUUUAAAUUUAAUGAUGCCUAUGUGGUGCACACAAAAAAAGAUGAAGAUGACAGAAAGAGCAUGAACGGCCGCACAAGGCAAGCAUGUGAGGAGAAGCAUAUGAUUGGCAAAGGUAUUGGCUGGUGUAGUGAGUCGGACUAACACACUCUUAGCUUAGCUUGUGUGGUAGCUCAAGCUCUUGUUGUAAUUUUCUCACCUUUUUUUUUUCUGUGCACGCACAUGUGCUGCUCAAUUGUGAUGUCUUUGUUAUCCAUGCACUUGUUCACAUCAUAGAUGGUAUUUUUUGGGCUUUUGUUUUAUUACCAGCCCACCUUCCAUUCCCUCCUCUUUUCAUUUCUUGAACUCUUGAGUUAAAGAUUAAAGAAGCAUUGAAACACUUUUUGAACAUCGUAAGAAAAUGUUCCUGACCAUUCUACAGUGCUGCUGUAGACAUGCGAGGCAAAUAUUAUUCUGCCACGUGCAACCGGGAGUGUACAAUCUCACAUUUAGGUCACUUGCUCUCUCGCAUGUCUUUUGAGGCUCGCCACUCUUUUUCUUCCUUAUGCCACGUCAGCAAUGACACUACAGCCAAUGUGACGGCCUGCAGGCACCAGCCAUUGGGCAAGUGUCCAAAACCAGUAAUUACUUGCAGAAAAAGUUUGUGCCCCCUUACAGAGCUUUUUAAAAAGAAAAAGGGAAAGCAGUGAUAGUUAACAUGUCCUGCCUAUCCAGUCACCACUCCUUUGUUGCUCUCAGGCACCUUUGUCAGACACCAGCCUUAAAGGUUACCAUAAGUGCACUGUAAGAAAGAGAAAAAGAAAAAUGAUGUAGGCAAGCCAUCACUAUUGGUGCUGCCACAGCUAGGAGGAACCGAUAAGUUGAGGGAGAAUGAUAAGUCAACAUUGCACUCUUUAUACUUAUUUUCAAAUUAGACGCUUUUCAAAAUUGUCUCUAUGAAUGUAUAUUCAUCUACAUAUCACACUUAUUCCAACAUAUUUCUCAGGUUGCUAGAAAAGUUUUCCAGUGUUUCUUAAGGAGGACUGGCACAUAUUUUCGAAGUUUCAGAAACUCUCCCACACGCUUUUCACACUACAUUAAAUCAAUACUAAAGUUAAACUCGAAACGCCUAACCUGGCAUCAUCGACAUUAUUGUGACAUUAUGACACAGUGCUAAAUAUUCUGACUUCGUACAGCAGUGAGGCUAGGUAUGAUAAUGUUUCUAAUAAAAAAAAGGCCAACAAGAAUGCUGCAAGCAUUUAUUCUAGCUGUGCUCAUGCGUAGCAGAUGCGUCAAUAACAGGAAUGGAGUGAGCCAGCAUAUAAAGACAUCAUGCAUACAUCAUGCUUAUAAAGACACUUCCUGUGUACUGAAACUGAAAAUUGUUUAUAGAAAAGUAUUCUAUAGUAAACUAUUUGGGGUGGUCUGACACUUGCUGCUAUUUCUGUCUUGGGUUUAUAUGAUUUGGACAUUCAUUUGCCAUACAAACACAUACACAAAUAAAUAAAUAAAUAAAUAAAUAAAUAAAUAAAUAAAUAAAUAAAUAAAUAAAUAAAAGUAGAGGUAAAAAAGUCAGACAUUUACAGAGCAUGUUGUGUAGAUAUUGUGUGGACCUGUGGAAAUGUAUAUUUUUUUUUUUGCAUAGUUAUAAAUAUUAAAGUAAACUUCCUUGGAGCAUUCUCUGUGGGUCUGUGUAAAUGCAUACAUUUAAAAAAAUGUGUUCAUCAGUUUGCAAGUGAGUUGUGUUGUGUGUAGGUCCCUCACAACGUGAGUGCUCAUAGUGCCUAUUAGAUGGUGCUUUUUCUGAUCACCAGUCUGCCUCCUAUGAAUUUAACAUAAUUGGACAUCUUAAAUUGCAGUCCCUAUGGAAAACAAGAAGUACUGUGUUUUUGGCUGUAGGAGUGCUAACUGAUAUGAUGCAAGAUCAUAUACUUCAGAGGAACACAUGUUGUUUAGUAGAGUCCCAGCGUGUGUACAGGCAGAAAAACACGUUUGCAGCUGUGCAAAGCCCAUGCUGUGUAUAUGGAAUUUUCAUGUACUUUUCUUGUAAUAUGGUUGAGCCCAGUUAUAGCAAACCUGGAUAUUUUGAAUGGUAUAUGUUAAAUAAUGAAAAUAUCACAUUGAAGGUCGCAAGUAGCGGAGUAGUAGUAUGCCCAUAUCAAACUCCAUCCAGCAGCGCAUUCAAUAUAUUGAAUGACGCAUAGCACCAUGCUCCUGCAAAUUUGAUUUUCCUUGGAACUUCCAAUUCUCUUGCUCUGCUUCAAGUGACAUCAUUCACUUUCCUUAAUCAGAGGCUUGCUUCAAAGGUGUAAUGCAUCUUGUUAUACUUGCCAUAUGUGUUAUACUCCAGCGGAGGCUGCGUAUGGUGUGGCUGAGUGCAGCCACAUGGGCCCCAUCUUGAAAGUGAUCUGCUGUGGCUCCAGAACCUAAGCGUGCCAAGAGCUGAUAGCUUUUUGUGCGCUGUGUUCUCACUGCUCAGUUCACGUUGAAGCGAGAGGCAACACGAAGGGCAAUUUGCUCGCUCUUGCUGCUCUUCCUCAUGCCAGCAUUCUUACAGCCAGCGUCCGCGGUCAUUGAGUGAGAUGUGUUCAUGCUUGCUCGUGCACGCAAGACACCGUGCUUGUUAAUUUAGUUAGUAAGCGAACAUUUACAAGUUUAUAUGGCCGAUAAAAUUACUAUCCUUGCUCCUAUAGAUGUCUAAUAAUUUGCUAUCACAAUUGAUGCUUGUCCUUUUGGGCAAAACUGCGACUCCCGCGCACUAGCACUCUCCCCAUCCACGAUGGUGCGGAGUUCGAAUUAUCGGUGGCGGUGCGGAUUUCAGUGUGAAUUAGCGGGAUGUGUUACAUAUUGCUUUCAAUGCAUUGCUGGACGGAGCACGGCAGCUACUUCGAAUUAUCUGAAAUUUCGAAUUGACGAGUUGUGAAUUAACGAGCCUUUACUGUAUUCCUUUACCAUAUGUUCAUGCAUUGGCGUAUAGAGAGGGGCGCUCUCCUGCUCCUUGACACAUUCUGGCUGACUGUAUUAAGCUUGCAGCAAGAUGUGUUGACUUGGUUUUAUGACAAUGGGCACAUUUCUAACGUCAUUUAUGAAAAAAAAAAAAAACUUAUGUUAUCGGCGUACAUUGACUUGCGGUGAUGGUGUGCUGUUAACUUAUAGCAGAUGCCCGCUGUAUACAUUGUGUGGUCUACAAUGUUUUUGAUACUGUGUGCGCCUAAGUGAGAUAAUGAUGCAUGUCCUGAAAUAAGGUACCCUGUGUGUGUGUUUCUGUUGUGGUUUCAGAGUUGAAACUCAUUGCUACCAUUUUAUAGUGUGUAUGUCUGCUUAUAAGAAUGCUGCUUUAUGUAGUGCAGCUGGAAUCUGCAAAUAUUGUGCAUGGAAUGGUUUUGAAGACCUAAAUUUCGAAUUCUCCCUAAUGCAAGUAUAGCGUUUAUUGCAGUGUAAAACCUGUUGAUCCCCGCACUUGUGAGGAAUUAAAGAUGUUUUUGCGGGUACAGUUAUAUUUUUUGUACUUGCUUUACAGCCAUGACUUGAUGUUUAUUUAUAUGUUGUAAAUGCUACUGGCUGCAAACUUGAAGUGCAACAUGGUUUUCUAUUUGAAUGUUUGAUGAGCAAACAUGGCGAUGGAAUUAAAGCUGAUAAAUUCAUGAACUAUAUGUGGCUUGUGCUUCUUCUGGCACAGUGUUAUGAUUGCACUAUUGGAAAAAUGUAUGCAGAUUGUGCAAAACUGCAGAAAAUAUUAAACUUGAUUUAAGGAGUGUUC